UUUAGUAAAUAAAAAAUGGUAAAAGGUGAAGAAAAUAAACAGGCAAUAAGUUACAUGGUAUUACUAUUAGGAAAGAGUGAAAAUACAUCGUUUUAUUGUAACCUCAAAACUCAAACGUUGUUUGGAUCAAUUCAAUGGCAGAGAAAGAACCCAAAACAAAAGAUUCUCUUUCAGGAUGUGAAAUCUCCAAGCAUUCUUGAACGAGCUAAGGAGGAGAUUGGGGCAGUUUUCCACUCGCCUCGCCAUAACAAAGAAACUCAUGGGAGAAAUGAUGACAUUGAUCAGGGAACUUCUGUUGAAGAAGUCAAAGGGCCCGGUGUGUUUGAAAGGGUGAAGGAGGAGAUUGAAGCUGUAGUUGAGGCCAUUCAUCCCAAGAAAGAAUCUGAUUCUACUGACUCUCCAUCAAAGUGAUCAUAGCUAUUAGCUAGAAAGGGUGUAUCUUUUAAUUUUGUAACAAAGAGUGUCAAACUUGUGUACUUGUGUUUGAAUUGACGAUGAGUUUGAUAAAAUUACGGUGUGCUACUGUGAUAUUGUUAAAAGUUACACUUUAGAGUUUCAAACGAAUCACUGUGUUACCAUGAUUUCGUUAGACUCCACGGUGAUUCCAAACAUACAAUUAAUGGUGUUUGUUAACCAUCCGAACAUUACUAUGUAAUUUGCUUUGUCUAUGGAUUUCCUUUUUUCUGUCGA